AUGAAGAAAACGUCCACCGGGACCUGGAUGCCCGCAUGGGUUCCAGAGUCGACUCUCGUUCUUUCAUUUCUUCUCAUGAUCUGUGCUAUGGUUCAGUCGGCGACGGGUGGCUAUGACGGGUCUAUGUUGAACGGACUCAACAUUCUCCCAUCUUAUACCAGCUAUUUCAACUUAAAUCCGGCGACUACGGGCUUGAAUACAGCAUCAGUAUUCAUCGGCACCUUUUUCGGUGCUGUUAUUUCCGGUGUUUUGGCAGACCGUCUUGGACGUCGUCCAGCAAUUUUCUGGGGCUCUGCUGUCACCCUGGUCGGUAUCUUACUUCAGACUGCUGCCCAAAAUAUAGCUAUGUUCGUGGUGGCGCGGAUUGUGCUGGGUUUUGGGUCGGCCAUUUCAGGCGUCGCUGGCAGCGUCUAUCUUGCUGAGACAUUUCCAAGUCGGUGGCGUGCUUGGGGAGUUGGGCUGUUAAACGACUUUUAUUAUGUUGGAGCAUUGAUUGCCGCUGGAAUUACACUUGGAACAGGUGAAUGGAAUUCGACUUGGGCAUGGAGAGCGCCUUCCCUAUUUCAAGGAAUUUUCUCCCUUGCCUGCAUCAUUAUUCUCCCUUUCAUCCCCGAAUCACCGCGUUGGCUAGUCCAUGAGGGCUUUCACAAAGAAGCACGGCUCGUUGUCGCAUUGACAAACUCGGAUGGGAAUCAAAGUGACCCAGUAACGAUAACAGUCUACAAAGAGAUUCUUGAUACUCUAAAUUGGGAGAAAAGCCAGGACCGUACCAUGAGUCCUAAAGAAAUCAUCAAAACCCCAGUAGCACGGAAGCGUCUACUCAUCGGGGGCUCGGCCGGUCCCUUUUCGUGUAUUGCAGGCAAUAUCAUUGCCUCUUACUAUCUCGGGUCUGAACUUGAGACUGCAGGAAUUACCAGUAACCUUGAGCAGCUAAAGGCAAAUGUCGUUUUGAAUGUCUGGUGUCUGGCCUGCGCUCUUGUCGGAACCCAUCUUGCCGCUAGAUGGGGACGGAAGUCGACCGCUUUACUCUCGCAAACUCUUCUCAUUGCAUGCCUCUUCAUCAUAGGUGGUCUGUCCAAGAUGUACGCUGAUGAUCCAGAUGGUGCUUCCAACGCUUUAGUAUAUGGAGAUGUGGCAGUGAUGUUUCUGUUCCAAGGAUUUUAUUCUAUUGCCUGGACGCCACUGCUUUAUCUAUACCCACCAGAAGUUCUUAAUUAUUCGAUAAGGGCUAACGGAAUUGCCUUUUCGUCAUUUGCACUGAAUGCAUUUGCUCUCGUGUUCGUAUACAUUAUGCCGAUAGGGCUUAAUAAUAUUGGAUGGAAAAUGUACAUGGUAAAUGGGUCGUGGGAUAUAAUUAUCUUAGUUCUCAUCGCAGUUUACUGGGUCGAAACCAAAGGCAAAACACUUGAAGAAAUUGACGCAAUUUUUGAAGGCGAAAAGCAUUCUUCGGUACCCAAUGUUGAACUUGUGCGGCAGGGGAAGGAGAGCGUUGAUGUAGGCAAGGUGGAGCAACAGAUCAUGGCGGAGGUGCAAACGAUGCGAGAGUAA